AUGAAUGUGAACCAGGGGACGGUGGGCAGCGACCCGGUCAUCCUGGCCACGGCUGGAUAUGACCACACUGUCCGCUUCUGGCAGGCCCACAGCGGGAUCUGCACCAGGACAGUCCAGCACCAGGACUCUCAAGUGAAUUCACUUGAGGUGACACCUGACAGGAGUAUGAUUGCAGCUGCAGGUUACCAACACAUCCGCAUGUACGAUCUGAACUCCAACAAUCCCAACCCGGUGAUCAACUAUGAUGGCGUAAGCAAGAAUAUCACAUCUGUGGGCUUCCAUGAAGAUGGACGCUGGAUGUACACAGGAGGGGAGGAUUGCAUGGCUCGCAUCUGGGACCUCAGGUCAAGAAAUCUGCAGUGUCAGAGGAUCUUCCAGGUCAAUGCUCCAAUCAACUGUGUGUGCCUGCAUCCCAACCAGGCAGAACUGAUAGUUGGGGACCAAAGUGGUGUGAUUCAUGUCUGGGAUCUGAAGACUGACCACAAUGAGCAGCUGAUUCCUGAGCCAGAGGUCUCCAUCAACUCAGUUCAUAUUGACCCAGAUGCCAGUUACAUGGCAGCAGUCAACAGCUCGGGAAACUGUUACGUGUGGAAUCUUGCUGCAGGCAUCGGAGAUGAGGUGACUCAGCUCAUUCCCAAAACAAAGAUCCCUGCGCACAAACGCUACUCCCUCCGCUGCAAGUUUAGCCCCGAUUCCACUCUGUUGGCCACCUGCUCAGCAGAUCAGACUUGUAAGAUCUGGAGGACGUCCAAUUUCUCACUGAUGACAGAGCUGAGCAUCAAGAGCAACAAUCCCGGAGAGACGUCUAGAGGCUGGAUGUGGGACUGUGCCUUCUCCGGAGACUCCCAGUAUAUUGUCACUGCCUCUUCAGACAACCUGGCUCGUCUGUGGUGUGUGGAGACCGGGGAGAUCAAGAGGGAGUACAGCGGCCACCAGAAGGCUGUGGUGUGUUUGGCCUUCAAUGACAGUGUGCUGGGCUGAAGAGGAGGAUAGAGAAAAAGAGACGGGAGGUAACAGUCUGUGCACAGGUGGGAUAAGGACAGAAAAGCGUGGGACUCAAUUCCCAGAUGGUGCAUGACUGUUGGCAUCAAUGGGAAUUAUUAAACAGUUUCCCAGAAACUCAUCAUCUUGAGAAAGUUGAGACAUUUGCUUGAACAUUACAAUGAAUCUCAGUUGUGUACCAAGAUGCCUACAGUGCUGUUUCCCCGCCAGAUGCCUGUAAGUACUCAGCAUAACAUCACAUAACAGCAUAACAUCACAGCCAAGAUAUGAAGCAAAAAUCUUUUUUACACCAAAUUAAGGCAGUCGUCGAAGAAGAAAUCCAUCCACAAUGAAGCAGAGGUAGUGAUUUCUGUACCGCCAAUCUAUAAAUUUGUAUAAAAAACGUGGUAAUAUUUAUCAUUGACCCUAUAGGUGUUUAACUUCUUCACUCUGUGCACAAGAGGAGAUACCUUUCAAGUUAAUGUCAUUGUUUUUAUAGUAAACCUUAUUUACUGUAUCAAAAUAUUAUUCACAGUAGACUGAUAAUGGUAUAUGCCAUGGAAUUGAUUGAUCUCUGGUGUGUGAUGUGUAUAAUUCAUUUCAUAUUUUUAUUCAAAGUUAAGCUGUAAGGUGUAUUCUUCUCAAACAAUGUACAGAAAAUGAUUCCACAGUAAACACAAGAUUUACACAAGUCCUUACUGUC